AUGUCGACUUCCCUUAGUGUCGAUGCGUCCACUACUCCAAAUUCCUCAAGUUAUAAGAUGAACGGAGGAGUGUCGCCAAGGUCAAACCUCAACCUGAAAUCACUGAGUGGUUCCAAGCCAAGUGUAAUCAGACUGUCACCCACAGACUUUAUUAAUAGCGACAAUGGGCCUGAAAAACCACUGCUCAACUUGUUUCAAGGUAGUAUCCAACCUGUAUCGCAACUGUUUUUCUCUUCAAAGCCUCCUCCUAAGCCAACCAUUCCUCUUCAGGAAAAAGGAACUUACCAAACGUUAGCGGCGUUAGCAUUAGUAUGCCUAUUAUCGUUACUUAUGUCCUUCUUGGCUACUCUGUUUUUGGACAAACUUGGUUCGUUCACCUAUGAUUUUCUAGAUGGUGUGAUCAGAACUAAUGAAUACGUGCUCGUUUAUCAAGUGUCUGUGGCCCUGAGCACACUGACGAUUUCCCUGAACGUAUGCUGUGUAUUCAUCUGUUGUCUUCAAUUUUUGUUUACCAUCAAGUUGCUCAAGACUUCUCAAGAAGUAGACAGGACAGCCUCCUAUUUGAGAAGAACAAGUCUUACAAGAACAAUAGCAAUAGGCGGUUUCUUCAUUUCCAUCCCAGUCUUCUGUACAGGGAUAAUUCUUUUUACAUUCAUCUGCUUUCAUGAGAGCCCAGCCAUUGUGACAAGUGUGGUCAUUGGACUAUGCAUAAUGUUCUGUGGAGCAGCUUCGAUUCACAAUAUGUAUCUAUGGCAAGGAAUUAGCUCAGGAUGUCAGCCAUCUACCAGGAAACUUCAUGAAUCAGGUCUUGGGCCUGACUUGACGGCUCAUGUUAACGAACUCUCAACUCUAGUAUAAUUAAAUUACUGGUACAGAGACAAUUACCUUAUGAACACUGAGUUAUGGUUUAUAUUCUGCAACACCCAGUGAUUGAGAAGCACAUUUCAAUCCAACUGUGUUUACACAGAUGUUAUCCCACUGCAGUUUAACCACCAACCUGAUGUGUUGACCAGCCAGUGAUUUGAACUCCAGUGUAAUAUAGCAAAACAUCUUUGCAUUUUACAGGAAAGACUAUAAGAUUUAUAAGAACCUAUGUUACAAAUAUAUAUAUAUAUAUAUAUGAAUUAGACUAACAUAAAAUUGUGGUCUUCAAAUUAUAUAUAUAUAUAUAAUACAAAGCAACUGAAGUUCAAACACAAGAUUUAUGUAAAUGAUUUGGUAUUUUGAAGCUAAAUCUUUUAUAUAAGUUUAAGGGAUCGGGAAAUGCAUGUAUGUUGCACUUAAACCUAAUACAGGUUACAAAUUCUUAUGGCUUGCUGUUCAUAUGACUUUUUGCAAGUGUCUUGAUCUUUUGGGUUUUGUAAAAAUAGAUCUGUAUGAUGCACAUAAACUCUCUACAGUUCAAAUUAAGAAAUGAGCAGUUAAAACGUAACAUUUUUUAUCCUUACUUUGCAAAAUCACUGUAAUUAUGUUAGUCUGAGCCAAAGUAGGGAUGAAAAAUUUUAAAUAUUAAG